GAUCGUGUUUCUGGAGGCUCCUCGACAUCUGCUGCUACGGCGAACGACCGUGCGCGCUCCCGCGUUCGGAACCCGCGCCUCCGGCAAAUCUGCCCUCUUCCCAGGACCACCGAGCUCCGGUCUUCUUUUUGUGUGCGUGUGUUGCGUGUGCGAGGGAUCAUGUGGAGCCACUGUGCAUGUGCCCUCCACGUUCCCCGGCUGUAGCUCCCCUCGCCUCCACUGCCCGACUGAGCACGAGCCGGGUUCUAUCGAACUCAACACUUGUGUUUUUGUCCGUGAGCGCCCCAGGCAGCUGGUUUUUGCGGGUUCGCGUCCUCUCUUUGCCCCGGCAGAGGACAACUGAGGACGUCGAUGCGCGCAGCAGAAGUGUCUGAUGCUCUUUUGCCUCCUUUUUUAGUCCUUUUUCAUUUGAAUUUGUGAGAGCAUGGAGUCUGUGGAGAAGGAGUGUGGAGCGCUGGGUGGCUUGUUCCAGGCUAUCGUAAACGACAUGAAGAGCUCUUACCCAGUGUGGGAAGACUUCAGUGCCAAGGCUACAAAACUGCAUUCUCAACUAAGGACCACAAUUCUGGCAGCCGUGGCAUUUUUAGAUGCUUUUCAGAAAGUGGCGGACAUGGCAACCAACUCAAGGGGUGCCACCAGGGAUAUUGGCUCCGCUUUGACCAGGAUGUGCAUGCGGCACCGCAGCAUCGAGGCAAAACUCCGCCACUUUACCAAUGCUCUAAUGGAAGGCCUGGUCACGCCACUCCAGGACAGAAUAGAGGAAUGGAAGAAAACUGCCAAUCAAUUGGACAAGGACCACGCCAAAGAUUACAAGCGGUCGCGGCAAGAAAUUAAACGAAAGUCAUUAGACACCAUCAAACUUCAGAAAAAGGCUAGAAAAGGGCGGGGCAACCUGCGCCCACAACUAGACAACGCCAUGCAGGACGUCAGCGACCUGUACCUGCUCAUGGAGGAGACGGAGAAGCAGGCGGUGCGCAGAGCACUCUUAGAAGAGAGGGGGCGCUAUUGUACAUUCAUUAAUUUGCUGCAGCCAGUUGUGAAUGUUGAGAUUGCCAUGUUGGGAGAGACAACACACUUACAGGCCAUAGUUGAUGACCUUACGCUGUUAACUGAAGACCCACACAAACUUCCUCCUGCCAGUGAGCAGGUGAUCCGGGAUCUGAAAGGUUCAGACUUUACCUGGUCCUAUCAGACACCUCCCUCCUCUCCUGGCAGCAUCAGCUCCAGAAAGAGCAGCAUGUGCAGUCUCCUCCAGAUGCCCUCUGCGGGGGCCCAUCGGCUCAGCAGCGUCUCUUCUCACGACUCAGGAUUUGUCUCCCAGGAUGCCAACACCCAUUCCAAGCCUCCUUCUCCCAUGCCCUCAGACAUCACCAGCCAGAAAUCAACAAGCUCAGCCUCCUCAGAGGCGUCAGAAACCUGUCAGUCUGUCAGCGAGUGCAACUCCCCCACAGCGUUUGGCUCAUGCUCAUCCUUCGGCACCUUCCGCCCUGCUUUCUCUCACACUGGCACCAUCAGGCCUCUGUCUGUCAUACUUCCCACGUCCCCCACAUUUAACCACUCCCCCGGAUCCAACACCCCCUCACCCACAUCAAUGGUUCCUAGCUGGAAGGAGUGGGCCAAAUCAAGCCAGUGUGAGCCGUCAUUGGCCAGCACUUUGCAGCGCAGGAGAGAGUCCCUGGAUAAAAUGAGGGACAUGGAAGCUCCGCCCAGUCCAAAGGGGUAUUCUGGGAUCCAAGGAGAUGAUGCGCACCGAGCAAGAAUUACCCCAGGAAUGAUCACCUCUAGGCACGGGGAACCUCUGUCUCCGGCAGCCAGUACGUUAGCCAUGGUUUUGACCAGAGGCCUAAGCAUGGAGCAGCAAAAAAGCAGCAGAGACUCACUCCAGUAUUCCAGUGGCUACAGUACUCAGACAAACACCCCUUCGUGCUCUGAGGACACAAUCCCCUCUCAAGGCUCCGAUUAUGAGUGCUAUUCUCUUAACGGGGAUGCUGACACUGAAGCGCAACCAGAGUUUGACAAGUCCUCCACAGUCCCACGCCACAGCAAUAUCGCCCAGAGCUAUCGUCGUAUGAUUCAAACCAAAAGGCCCGCCAGCACAGCAGGCCUUCCAGCAGGUAAGAGCCUGCAGGGGGCUUCAAACGGUGCCGGGGUUAGCAACGGAGGAACUCUUGUCUCUGGAACAGCUACUAUUCGGCGGACGCCAUCCUCCAAGACCGGGGUGAGACGCACACCUUCCACAUCUGGCCCCAUUCCCAUACGACCUCCCAUUGUCCCGGUGAAAACCCCUACUGUGCCUGACUCACCGGGGUACGCCAGCCCAUCACAGCACCGCGCAUGUAGCGAUGAGUUUCUCUACUCAGAUGAGCCGUAUGCUAGUGAGUACAUGAGGGCUUCUCCUCAGCAAAGGAGCCUCCCUGGCACAGUGUGGGCUUGUGGAGGUACAGACAGGACUUCUUACACCCCCCAGGCCCAAGGCAUGGCCACCCACAGUGCUGAGGAGGAAUCAAUGCUGGCUGCCAAUCGCCAUAGUCUGGUGGAGAAGAUCGGAGAGCUGGCGGCCAGUGCCCAUGCCCUUGGUGAGGGUCAAUUCCCCUUCCCCAGUUCCUCAUUAGGGAAUUCUACUCCAUGUGCAGCAUCUUCUGGAGCCCAAGAAGACAUGGACAUGCUGGUUACAAUACGUCGGGGUGUUAAACUCCGCAAGACAGUCACUGACGACAGGUCGGCUCCGAGGAUCCUGCGGUAGCUGAGGAAAGUGUCUUUCAGAAGAAAUAGGACGGCACUCAUGUAAUACACCAGCUAAGGCAGAAAAUACAAAAAGGAUAGUUUAAGCGAAUGGAAGUCAGUUGACAGUGCAAUGAGAGACUUUACGACAAUGUUAAUCCUUUCAUGUCGUGUAUGUUUUGCAUGUAUAUAAUAUAGACCCUCUGUUUUUGCUUUGAUUUGUUAUACGUAUAUAUAUACAGUAUUGUUUGUUUAGCCUUGUGGGUGUUGAUCUCUGCCCCCCAUCCCCACCUCACCUCCACUUUUGUUCCUCAUGCUCUGGUGAUCACAAAUCUUUACCAAACCAAUGAAUCCCGUGUGUCUCUGUUUCCUGUUUGUGUAAAAUUAUUUUCUUCCUCAACAAUGCACCUAUCAUUGGAAAGUGAUGGUCGAAGAGCUCUGUGAGCCUCUCCGUGUGUCGUGUUUCCCAUCUUUAUUGUUUAACACCAUUAUUACUGUUAUGUACUGUAUCAUAAGUUCAGCAGCGGCUUGGUGAUUCAUUUAUAAUAGAAGCAAUAUGGCAGUGUUUUUAUCGCUCUAAUGUACUGUCUAUAUAUUCUGCAAUUAAACAAGCUUUGUAUUGUUAACUGCGUGAUUAUCUUUAACACAAAAUGCAAAAUUCAUAGAAAAGCAUCCUGUGAACUUUAAUAUUUGUGGGUUGGUUUUUGUUCUUAAUUUAAAACUUGGGACAAUAGCACUUGUAAUGUCGUUUUAUUAGCUCAGUAUCUGUACUUUUUGAUGAUUGAGGUAAAAGACAGUGUCUAAUUCAAGAGCUCAAUUAAAAGUUCUACCAAUACAAUUAUAACAAUGGUCCAUUUGACUAUGAAACCCAUUCUUAAACUAUUACACAGAAUCUGCUAUGCGAUUGUUUACUUUGUAAUAUUGUACAGUAUUUCCUGAGGAGCAAUUCUGUACCCUAAAAAUUAUAACCUAAUUAAUCAUGAUUAUAACCCAUCCAUUUUCUGAACUUUUUAUCCUCACCAGGAUUGCCUUUGCCGACUUUGUGUGAACUGGUUCCCACUCAAUUGCAGCUUGAUAAUGAUAAUAAAAAAUA